AUGGAUUUGGGAUUUUCUAAAUUAAUGAAUACUAAUCCAAUGUAUGCAAAUUAUUAUUCACAAAUUAAUAAUAAUAAUACAUCCAAAUUAUCAUAUCCAGUUGCUAGUUCAUUCUUUCAUUAUAAUUCUAAUAAUGAUUCAUCAACAACGACAACAGCAACAACAACAACACCUAUAUUCAAUGAACAAUUAAAUUCACAAAUAGAACAAUUGAAUAAUUUUUCAUCAAUUCAUGAAUCAAAACCUUUAAAUCAAUUAUCUAAUGAAAUGUCAAUGAAACGUUUAAAAUUAGAUAAUGUACAACAUAUAAAUGAAUAUGAUUCAUCUAGAAAUUGUAAUAGUACCAAUUCUAUUAUACCAUGUGAUCUACGUGCUGAAAAUAAUGAAAUAAAUUAUGAUAUGAAUCGUCAAUUCAAUGUAAAUGAUAAUAUUCAUACACAAUCAAUGCAUAAUAAUUCGUUAGAACAUGUAACAAAUGUUUCAAAUUAUAAUUUUUGGCAUAAACUCAAUUCUUAUCCAAUAUUUCCUUAUCAUUCGUCUCAUCAUCAUAAUACAAGUACUACUUAUAACUCUACUAAUGCUACUAUUACUACUACUAAUGAUAAUAAUAUUCAUUUAUCGAAUUAUUAUGAUCGAUAUAUGUGCAAUACAACAUUGCGAUAUUCACAUCCUUCAAAUAAUCCUACAUAUAAUUUGUCAAUUUUCCCACCCUAUUCACCUACUGGUACACCAUCUCAUUAUUACCAUCAUCAACAACAUAAUCAAGGCGAAUCAAGCAUCAUGUCAGAAUCAAGAUUUUCAAAUACAUUCCCUUCAUUUAUGACUGAAUCUCAGAUAUCAAUUCCAUCAUCUUCACCAUUAGUUACCAUGACUACAAACACUACUAAUUUACACACAAGUAAUGCUUUAUUUUCAUCUCAUGUGAAUAGUAAUAAUGUCAAUGCACCAUGUAUAACUCUAACAACUACAACUGUUAAAAAUGCCUUUUCUACCGUAUCGUCUGUGAUUACAUCAUCUCUUUCGGAUACUCCUGCCGAUAAUGUUCAUAAUAAUCAUUGUAACCAGAAAAAUUUAAAACGAAAAUCAACAAACAAUUAUGAUUUUAAUACAAGAUCACAAGAAGAUAUAAAUAAAAAUAAAUCUGUUAAUAAUUUAUAUGAAACAUCAAAUAUGUUGAAAGCCAAUAAUGACGAUGAUUUAAUUGACAAAAAUUGUGAAAAUAACGAUGAAUCACAACAUUCACCAAUCUCAUCAUCAAUGGAUUAUUUCUCUCAAACAAAUUCCAUUUCACCACAAGACGAUAAUGUAUCACAAAUAAAUGUCUAUAAUAGUAAUAAUAAUAAUAAUGAUAAUAAUAUUAAUAAUACUGAUAAUAAUAAUAAUAUUAUCAUAAAGAAUAAAAAAAUACGUAAACCGCGUACAAUUUAUUCCAUAUGGCAAUUACAAAUGUUAAAUCGACGUUUUGUUCAUUCCCAGUAUUUAAAUUUAACAGAACGUGCAAGUUUAGCAUCACAACUUGGCUUAACACAAACACAAGUUAAAAUCUGGUUUCAAAAUAAACGUUCCAAAUUGAAGAAAAUUCUACGUCAAGGACAAGAUCCUACAGCAUUUCUUAAUGGAACAACGAAUGAUACACCUGAGGAUGAUCAAAUGGGAAGUGAUUAUGAAGAAGAUUCACAUUCGUUGAAUUGUGGCGACACAUCAAAAUUGUCAUCCGAUCAAAUUGAAUACAACAGUCAUCAUUCACGUAUUCCACAUUCCAUACAGUCAAAUCCUCAACAUUUUCAUUCAAUUAACCAAAAUGAAGAUUUAGAAUUUAAUAAAAAUAGAACACAUGAAAUGAAUACCUUUCAGAAGAACAUAGGAAGAACUAAUGAUUAUGAUAAACGAUUUUUUCCUUUAAAUAAUAGUAAUGCAAGCUGUGAGUUAUAUUUAAAGUCAAAAUUUCCACCUCAUUCUAAUGAGUCCAUGAAUCAAUUAACUGAUGAUGAAGCUAUUAAAAUUUCUACUCAUCAAUAUUUAACAUACACUGCACCUAAAUUAAUCAGUGAACACCAUACGAAUACUUUUAUUCAAGCUGAAGAUCACGUACCAGUUAAUAAUAUUCAAAAUCAUUUAUUAACUGAACAAUCAAAUAAUGUAAGUUGUAAUCUUUCAUCACAUUCCCUUUCUCAAUGUAAUACUCAUUCAUCGAAAUCUUCAUCACCAUAUUCCGAUGGUAAACAACAAAGUUAUUCAGAAAAUAUAAUUCAUAAUGAUGAACAAUGUUCACAUAAUUCAUGGUCUUCAUCACUUCCUACAAUCCAACAAAAAUCUAAUUUAGAUGAGAACUGUUCAAAUUUACAAAAGAAAUCUGACUGUUCAACAUAUCAUACAAAUUCUAAUUGGACUUCUGUAAACAAUCAAUCAAUUCAUGGUAAAUCUGAUGAAAUUAAUCUUGAUAUUCAAUUACCACCGUCAUGGUUACCAAGUUCAAUGAAGAAUUAUCAACCUACUGAAAUUUUAAAUACAGUAUCUACAGAAAAAUGUAAAUUAUUCAGUGAACAUGAAGAUCCAAUUAAUCAGUGGUGUAUUGAUCAGCCUAAUUUAAAACCACAAGCUGAAUCAACUAUAAUCGAAGUUCCAUAUGAAUAUACCUAUUAA